AUGUCGCGCCACUUUGAUAUGUCCAGGAGAACACUUGGCGCUUCGCUCCAUAAUGUACUCAGUCGUGUCAAGGCCCAUCCCCAGUCCUACCCCGCAAUAGACAUCGCCUACUCCUCUACAGACCCCAUUCGAGAGCCAGUAACCCUGCAACUACCCUCGAACGGUCUCCGACUGCGCUUCGACGGUCCCGACCAAAGAUUACGUCUGAUCGAAGUACUCGACUUCACCAAGAUCCCCCUAGUGUAUAAAAACCAGGAAGUUUUGAAAGGAGGUAAACCGCAGGAACGGGCUGUCUCGCACCAGGGCCCUAGUUUCGGACAUAUUUACCAUCGCCUAUUUGGCCUUUCCUAUCCGGGCGAAUACAGACCUCCGACUAAUCAGUCACCAUAUGGCACAUAUGUGUUGUCGUACCCCGGGGUGGCCUUCUCGUUUCCCCUCCAACACUCGGCUUGGUCAGACCAGUGUGAUUUUGUAGCGUUGCUUUCUUCCUCGGCAGCCUUGCCGGCCACUUCUAUGGCGAUCUUUCAGGGUGACUCCUGGCCCGAAGCUCAGGGGAGGUUGUUCACUCAAGAGCAAAAGUAUCCUCGAAAUCCAGCCCUGGCGGGCAAGAACAGAGAAUCUGUGCCGGAUGAGAUUGAAGAGUUCAAUAUCCUAGGUGCAGGUAAAAUUGAGAUCGUUCGGAGAUCGUCCCCUACCAGCUACAUCACGCUGUCGGAAACCACCCCACAGGAUCUUGUGGCAGAGUUUGGCCCGCCCGAUGCCAUUUAUCGUAAACAUGAUAGGAGGAUAACAAUCCACCGCGCUGCUGGCGGGGGUGGUGAAGAUCAUAUUCACAUGAGUCCGCCUCCAGGUAGAGGAAUUGACGUGACUGAUACCGAUCAGUCGUCGAAUAACAGUGGUACCGAAGAUUCAGACGAAGAACUGUAUCAACCCCAUAAUUUGGACCCGUCAUCGCUACCAACAGAAUGUUUCCUGAAUUAUUUCCAUCAUGGGUUCGAUGCGUUCGUAUCUUACCCUACUACCCCUGGGCCUGCGUUUCCAGGAUCCGAGCUUCAGGACCCAUCGCCUCCGUCUCCUUCCACUCAGCUGGUAGUGACUAAGAUUAUUCUGCAUGGAAAUGUGCCAGGAUCAUAUCCGUUCAAUCGCCAUCGGCGCAGUCGUUGGAAGAUAAAGCUGGACUCAUCUGGGAAUGCAGUCACUUCAGAAACCCGCUACGAUGAGAUCUCUGAGCGGCUUAGGGAGGUCUGGAAGGGCUCUUACGCGAACCCUGCUGAAGAGCGAGCCUUACAGAGGCCCAUGGUACUGAAUCGAGGAUGGGGUGAUAGUCCCGAGAGUAGCGUAGAAUUCCUUGGUGGGUGGGAAGAGAGUACAGGUAAAGGUCAGAGGCCUGGACAGGAGAGUCACGAUGGAGGUUUAGGGAACACCGAGCUCUUUGGCUUUCCUGGUCUGCUGUUUGAGGUUAUGAAGAAUAGUGCAAGGCUGACAUGCUUCAGCGGUAGUAUGCCGGAAUUGUCGCGGUCGCUUACUCGAUCGUGGUCGUCGACGCUCAAACUCCCUAAGUCGACGUUCCCUGCACGCGUGACCCCGGCCGAUCAAGCAAAAUACCUACGACGAUGCACUGACGAGCUCUACGCCUGGCAACGCCGUGAAAGACCGGCCGAUAAGCCUUUUGUCUUACACGAUGGCCCGCCAUAUGCUAACGGCGAGCUUCAUGUCGGGCAUGCGCUGAACAAAAUCUUGAAGGAUCUCAUAUGCCGAGUACAGUUAGGACUGGGAAAACGAGUGCGAUAUGUCCCAGGGUGGGAUUGCCAUGGGUUACCGAUUGAGCUGAAGGCACUUGAGGCCCAGAAGGGUCUGAAAGAUGCGGGAGGGUCUGUCAGUGCGGCGGUCAUACGAAAGGAAGCACGGGCACUGGCAAGACGGACAGUCAAGGAACAGAUGAAGGGAUUUCGCAGCUUCGCGGUCAUGGGCGAUUGGGAAAAACAUUGGAAGACUAUGGAUAAGGAAUUUGAGAAGAGACAACUAGGCGUAUUUCGCGAAAUGGUCGAUAAGGGCUUGAUCUACCGAAGGUUUAAGCCCGUCUAUUGGUCACCCUCCACCGGCACAGCGCUCGCAGAAGCGGAAUUGGAAUACAAAGACGAUCAUGUUUCUACUGCUGCUUUGGUCAAAUUUCCCCUACUUUCAAUUCCCUCGCACUUGGCGCAGAACCCGUUGCUACAGGUUAAGGAUCUUACUGCUGUUAUUUGGACUACCACUCCCUGGACGCUCCCCGCCAAUGCCGUAAUUGCUGUUCAUCCAGAUCUGGAAUACACGAUUGUUCAGUCAGAUACCCAUGGUCACCUUCUUGUCGCGCAAUCCCGGUUACAGUAUCUUGAAAAUAUCCUCAAGGAAGACCUGUCUGUGAUCAUUCCGUCGGUCCUUGGCUCAGAGCUGGCAGAUCGGACAACGUAUCGGCCUCUGUUCAAGGGGGCUGAUGCAGAGCCACAGCCCAUAAUUUCUGCUGAAUUCGUCACCGCCGACUCUGGAACAGGGCUUGUUCAUUGUGCACCAGGCCACGGAAUGGAAGACUACGAAGCUUGCCUCUCCCGCGGAAUUACUGCAUUUGCCCCGGUUGAUGAUCAUGGCCGAUUCACCGACAAGGCUAUGCCCAGUGAACCUACAAGAUUGAGCGGUAAGAGCGUUUUGGAUGAAGGUAACGCUGCUGUUCUCGAGUAUAUUGAAACGCAAGGACAUCUUCUUUUGAAGCAUCGGUAUGAACAUAAGUAUCCCUAUGACUGGCGGUCUAAGCGUCCCAUCAUUAUCAGGGCUACUGAACAAUGGUUUGCCGAUGUGGCCGACAUUCGUGAGAGUGCAGUCAAGGCUUUGGAGGAUAUCCGUUUUGUUCCAGCUUCCGGAAGACAGCGGCUAGAGAACUUCGUGAAAAAUCGAAGCGAAUGGUGCAUCUCACGUCAGCGUGCUUGGGGUGUGCCUAUCCCUGCUCUCUAUCAUCGGGUCACGGGCGAAGCUGUGCUUACGAAGGAUUCUGUUUCGCAUAUUAUGUCUGUCAUAGAUGAGCGUGGAGUUGACGCUUGGUGGACGGAUGAUGCAAAUGAUCCUGCCUGGAUUCCAACAUCCCUCCAAGAGACAUCUGGGCCCGGAUACAGACGUGGAACAGAUACUAUGGACGUAUGGUUCGACAGCGGUACUAGCUGGGCUGAGAUUGAUGAACCGUAUCGUGAUGGGUACCCAGCCGAUGUCUACUCAGAAGGCACUGACCAACAUCGCGGCUGGUUUCAGUCAGGCCUUCUCACAUUUACAGCUCACCAACUCGCUGCAGGACAGACGGCUACGCGCGCACCGUUCCGAAACCUUAUCACCCAUGGAUUCACACUGGAUGAGGAAGGGCGCAAAAUGAGCAAGUCAAUUGGUAAUGUUUUGCUUCCUCAGACUAUCAUGGAUGGAACCCUUUUGCCUCCUCUUAAGCCAAGGAAGGGGAAGAAAAAGCAAUCGGAGAAUCAAGGACCCGUCUAUGAUGCCCUCGGUCCUGAUGCGCUUCGUAUGUGGGUCGCGAGCAGUGAUUAUACCCGCGACGUAGUGAUUGGGAAGCAGGUUCUUCAAACCGUCAAUACAAGCUUGCACAAGUACAGAGUGACCUUCAAGCUCCUGCUUGGCGCUCUUUCUGACUUCCGCUUAGACAAUCAGGUUCCAUAUGAUCAAUUACAGCAAGCCGAUCGGAUCGCGCUCAAGCAUUUGUCCGAGAUGAUCCUUUCUUGUCAGAAGGCUUGUGAAAACUUCGAAUUCUAUAAGGCUGUGAAUGCUCUGAACCGCUGGGCUAAUCUCGAAUUUUCUGCGUUCUACAUGGAAGCCAUUAAGGAUCGACUGUAUACCUAUGGAGAGAACAGCGCCAGUAGACGCGCUGCACAGACGACCCUGUUCCAUAUUUAUCGCCAUCUUCAAGAAGCACUGGCUCCCAUUACUCCCAUGCUCGUGGAAGAGACCUGGGAGCACACCCCUGAGGCCAUCAAGUCCCAGUGCGAGCAUCCCUUGAAGCGUGUUGUUUCUGUGCCUACCUUGGAGUGGCAAAACAACUCCCUUGAAACAGACUACCAGGACCUCGUUGCUGUUCACUCAGUUAUUAAGAAUGCUCAAGAAACGGCCCGGGGCAGGAAGGAAAUGGGUUCAUCUCUCCAGUCCGUUGUCCACAUUGUUCUUCCUCAGGGCGUCAGCAACUCCGUGUUCCAGCGAUCUUUAACAGAGCUUCCCGAUAUCUUUGUUGUCUCAACCGUCACACUCGGAACCUCCGGCGAGCCUCUUCCGGCUACCAUCGCAGAAGCAGAAUGGCAAUACAGCGAGGAGUAUGAACUUCCCAGUGGAGAAAAGGGCACCGUAUAUGUCUAUACCCCACAAGCUGGCAAAUGCCCGCGGUGCUGGCGCUAUGUUGUCCCAGAAUCGCAGGCUGAGGAGUCUGUUUGUGAUCGCUGUGAGGACGUUGUCAGUGAGCUUGACGCGUCUACAGCGGCGAAGGCGGCCGAUUCGUCGUAG